UUCUGGAUGUUUCCAAACGCAGUCGAUGUGUUGGAACUAACCUAAAAUAUAUGCGAGAGAGAGAAAUUUGUAUCAAUAUGUUAUCUCUUUAUUAUAUUUGGAAUUUACUUGAAUAUUGACAUAUAUGAGAAGAAAGGAAAAAAUCAAAAACUGGUGAUGGGAGAAAAAAAUUGGAAGGAUUGGAGACCUUUCGUAUAUGGAGGUUUAGCUUCGAUUGUUGCAGAGUUGUGCACUUUUCCUUUAGACACGACAAAAACACGCUUACAAGUACAAGGUCAGAAGUAUGAUGAAAAGCUUGCACGUUUAAAAUAUUCUGGCAUGACUGAUGCUUUAAUGCAGAUAUCUAAACAAGAAGGAAUAAAAGGUUUAUAUUCUGGGAUUAGUUCUGCAAUUUUACGACAAGCAACAUAUGGAACUAUAAAGUUUGGGACUUACUAUUCACUCAAAAAAGCUGCAAUUGAUACUUGGGCAACAGGGGAUUUAGUCACAAUAAAUAUUGUUUGUGCAGCAUUAGCUGGAGCUAUAUCCAGUGCGAUUGCCAAUCCUACUGACGUAGUAAAAGUUCGUAUGCAAGUUACUGGCAAUGAAAGAAAUAUAUCUCUGUUUACUUGCUUUCAAGAUGUAUACAGAUAUGAAGGUGUUCGUGGACUUUGGAGGGGUGUUGGACCUACUGCUCAACGAGCAGCUGUUAUUGCAGCUGUAGAAUUACCUAUAUAUGACUAUACAAAGAUUAAAUGUAUGAGUUUAUUGGGAAAUAGCAUUAGUAAUCAUUUUGUAUCUAGUUUUGUAGCUAGUAUGGGAAGUGCUGUAGCUUCAACGCCUAUAGACGUAAUUCGCACCCGAUUGAUGAAUCAAAAGAGAGUGCACAUAGCUAGUAAGAAAGCUUCAUCAUACAUUUACAGUGGCAGUAUAGAUUGUUUGGUUCAGACGAUUAAAAAUGAAGGAGUUCUAGCACUGUACAAAGGUUUUAUUCCGACGUGGUUCAGGAUGGGACCGUGGAAUAUUAUAUUUUUUAUUACCUACGAACAAUUGAAACAGUUGUGAUGCAUCGUCGACUAUUAUAUUGAAUAUUUAAAUUCCUCAUUACAAUAAGGUCUGGAAAUAUAAAAAUCAUUAUAUUAUGAAUUUAGCAUUACUAUCUGAUAAUCUCAAUUGUAUAUAAUUGUUUAAUUGUGAAAGUGACUAUUGAUUAGUUACCUUAAUGCCAUAUAAAAUAAGUAAACUUAAAGCACAUAAAUGAAUUAGAUACAGCAUUUUUCAACAUUAAAGUAAUUGUAGAAAUAGGUAUAAAAACGAAAGUAAUCAGAAAAGUUUAAGAGCUUCCCAAAGUACAAGCUUCCACAAAUUAUUUUAAUUGAUAAAGACUACAAAUUAUAUCUACAUUCAAUAUAUUAUUAUACAGUUAUGACACAAUCAUACACUGUUAUAUGUAAGUAUUUCAAUUAUUUUGUCAUUUUUAUACAUAAUUCGAUUCUGCACAAAAAGUUUUUGUAAAUCAAUGAACAGUCAAAAUGUCAAAAUAUCAUAUAUGGAAACGAAAGUUAUUAUUCGAGGUUUAUGUUUGUAGUAAUGUUUUGUACUAGUCAUUGUUAUUUAUAUGAAUAUAAUAAUGAAUCAUUGUAUUUCAGUA